AUUUUUCUUCUUCUUGUUAUAAUGAUGCAGUAAGUAUAUACAAGUAUGUUAUAUAUGUGAUGAAGAUAUAAUUAUGAUCCCUGAUGUUCCUCUUGGCUGCAGCAAGUGAAGGUGAACCACGUGAAGUACAAAUUCUACUUCAACCAUCACCAUGCAGAACGAUGUUGGAGAAUACGUGGAUCUUUAUGUGCCACGCAAGUGUUCAGCAUCUAAUCGCAUCAUCUAUGCCAAAGACCAUGCCUCCAUCCAAAUAAACUUAGCUGAGGUUGAUGAGAGCACUGGCCGUAUGACUGGCCAGUACAAAACCUAUGCAAUUUGUGGAGAGAUCAGAAAAAUGGGUGAGUCUGAUGAUUGUCUAGCUCGCCUAGCGAAGAAGGAUGGUAUUCUUCCCAAGAACUAUUAAAGAAAAUAAAUAGAAAA